AGAGGUGUGAAAAUAAUGGUAUUAUGGGCGCCGGGUCAAGGAUUGUUCAAAGAAGCCUGAGUGGAUGUUUGUGGAAUCUUCUACCUUUGUCUCCUUUUAUCAGACCCAUCCCCCCUUUCUUUUUUGAGAUGAUUUGGGAUUAGGUUGAGGAGUUGGCUCAGGGAUAAGUCCUGAAACUUGACAGUAAGACCGAGCCGCAAUCUUGGACCCUUCAUUUGAAGUGUUGCCGUAUUGGGAGUGUUAGGGGUUUCCGUUGGUCAUCAAUCCAUCUCAUUGGGCCCAAGAAUGAAAGCCUUAGAUUAUCUUCUUGCUUGUAACCUUUGAUUUCCGCCCAAGAAUGACUUGUAUGCUUUGGGCCUAUAUAAGCCUGAUCUCAGCUCUAGGCCCAAUAUGAUCAUGAUUUUGACGAGGUCUAUUUCAAUCACUCUCAUUAAAGAUGAAGCCAAGUCACUGCCUUGACGGAACAUCAAAUCGACACUUAUUUGGUUUUAUCUUCAACUAGAAUUUUCUUAAAUCGAAAAUCAAUCUUUGUAGAGAUUUCCAUGUCCUUUUCAUAUCUUGGAUUUGACAAGUAUACCAUUAAAAUAGACUAAAUUGUUAAGCGGUCAAGCCACAUGUCACACAAGGAGGACAGUAAAAGGACCAAGCAAACUUUUGGGUUAGGUUGGGCCUGCUAGUGAUGGGCUUAGCUGGGCUCAAUUGUUCUCAAGUUUAAAGUACGGUUAGUUCCACGCAAAACUUUAAGGCCCAAUCUACCUAGGUCAGGCCCACAUCCAUGCUAGAAUGAUCAAGGCUAAAACCCAAUAGACAAGACUGUACAAAUAUUUCUCGUACAAAUUCCAGGCAUAAAUUAUCAUAUGAAAAAAAAUUGUUGAGUAUUGAGGAUGUGAAAAUAUCGUGGAGACUGAAUUAGACUGUUACUGAAAAAAUGAUGAAUCUCUUGAGCUGAUCAGAAUCAGGGGGGUGGGCGCAAUGCCAGGACCAGGUCCGCACAUGAUGUACGCGCUGGGGUCGAGCCUAGGGCUCAUGUCCACCUCCAAUGGCCGGUUCAGCCCUCACCACUCUCUUGCCUACGCCAUCAACGCCUUCUUCGGCCCCGACCUCGGCUCCUUCUCCGAGUGGCUCACUUCCACCCUUGGCUUUGGUCACUCCUUCGGCUCCGCGCUGGCCGAUGUAAUCCACGACCCCUUCUUCUACAUCGUGAUUCUGGGCCUUCCUCUCUCUUUUCUCUACUCUUGGCUCUCCAGGGUUCUUCUCCAAAGGGGUUUUCUGGAUUCCGUUUCAGGGGUACCCCUUACUAGAAGGCAAUGCUUGUUGUUGAUAUCGGCUGGUUCUUUAUCACACUUUUUCUUGGACCACUUGUUUGAGGAAAAUGGACAUUCUUCCAUGUAUACUUGGAUAUUGAGCACUGGUUGGUGGAAGAACCGUGCACCUGUCAAUCCUGACGCUGUUGUAGUAGUUGGCUUCUUAUGUGCUUCUCUAAUUGGCGGCUUCAUGUACAUCAACAGAUUGAAGCCCUCGAAGUCCAUUAAGAAACAAACGAGUCAAUCGGUGAAACUUAUUGUGAUCAUUGCAACCCUUUACUGUUUAUGGUGUGCUAGCCAGAUAUACUGGGUAAAUCCCCGUCGGGCAGCAGUUGGUGAAGAGGCUGAUCUAGGAGUCCUUGUAUUUUUAGCUAUUUAUUUCUUUCUUCCACACACUUUCUGCAUAAUGUCCAUGAAUCCAAAAGAUCAUUUUGACAUGGAGCAACUCCCAAUUUGACAACAUUAUCAUUACGACAUUUGGGAACAUCACACUUCUGCCUGAGGUACGAUGACUUGUGAAGCAAUGGUUCCCUUGUCCAUUGGACCUGGCCUCCCAUGAUUCGUUGUCUAACCGCUUAGAAGUUGUAAUUGAUUAUUUUUUGUUUUUGCAAGUUUAUACAUCUGUAAAGGGACUGAACCCAGGUUCUAAGCCAUCAUGAUAGAGUGUGAUAUUCUUUUUUUUCCUUUUACCCUUGUUGAAUACUGCAUUGAAGAAAUAAUGACUUUAUUUUCCUUGUUGCUCUUGCCA